GGCCGGGACAUGACCGUCACCGGCGAGGGCGACCCGGUCAUCGGCCGCGACGACGAGAUCGACCGCGUCGUCGACAUCCUCUGCCGCAGGACCAAGAACUGCGCGGCCCUCGUCGGCGCCGCCGGGGUCGGCAAGACCGCCAUCGCCGAGGGCCUCGCGCAGCGCAUCGCAUCCGGGGCCGUCCCCGACGCCCUCGUCGGGGCGCGCGUGGUGGAGGUCGACCUCGCGGCCAUGGUGGCCGGCACGCAGUAUCGCGGCAUGUUCGAGGAGCGCAUGAAGAACGUGAUAAAGCGGGCGGAGGCGUCCAACGGCAAGAUCGUACUGUUCGUAGACGAGAUGCACAUGCUCCACUCCGCCGGCAACUGCCGGACCAACUGCACCACCGCCUCCAAUAUGCUCAAGCCGGCGCUGGCCCGUGGCCGCAUCCGCUGCGUUGGGGCCACCACCGAUGACGAGUACCGCCAGUAUGUGGAGAAGGACCCCGCGCUCGAGCGACGGUUUCAGAAGGUGCACGUCGGGGAGCCGAGCAUUGAGGCCACCAUUGCCAUCUUGCGGGGGCUAAAGCAGCGAUGGCAGGACCACCAUGGGCUCGAAAUUCAGGAUGAUGCUCUCGUCGCUGCUGCGCAUCUUGGUGCCCGCUAUAUCACUGGUCGUCAAUUUCCAGAUAAGGCAAUCGAUCUGAUCGAUGAGGCAUGUACUUCCAUAGCCAGAAAGAUGAAGCAGAUUGACAACAAAGUAGUACUUGACGGCAACACUACUCCGAGUAGCUUAAACGAUGCAGAUAAAAAGGUGGUUGUCAACCCGAAAAGUAGCUCCUUGAAUAGAAUGAAGAAAACAAUUGUUGAUCCAAAUGAUGUCGCGCAGGUUGCGAGUCGAUGGACUGGAAUUCCUGUUGCUACGCUUCGUGAAGAGGAGAAGAACAAAUUAAUCCACAUAGCAGACAGAUUACAUGAACGGGUUAUUGGUCAAGAUGAAGCGGUCAAUUUGGUUGCGCAAGCGGUGUUACGCUCUAGGGCCGGCCUCGAUGAACCCGGCCAACCGACUGGUUCUUUCCUCUUUUUGGGCCCGUCUGGUGUUGGAAAGACAGAGCUUGCAAAAGCUCUUGCCGAGCAACUAUUUGACAGCGAAAAGAUGCUUGUUCGGGUUGACAUGUCUGAAUAUGCUACUGCUGGGUCAGUAACACGUCUCAUUGGAGCACCUCCAAGCUAUAUUGGAUAUGAGGAUAGCGGACAAUUGACUGAAAAGGUGAGAAGGCAUCCAUAUAGCCUUAUCCUUUUCGAUGAGGUCGAGAAGGCACAUCCGUCGGUGUUAAAUAUCUUUCUUCAGAUUCUUGAUGAUGGCAUGUUGACUGAUGGCAAAGGUAGAACUAUUGACUUUAAGAAUACUAUCAUCAUUAUGACCUCAAAUCUUGGAUCAGAAUAUCUUACAACAAAAAUGACUGGAGAAAAAUUAGAAGUUGCAAGGAACCUUGUCAUGGAAAAGGUUCAGAAAUUCUACAAGCCCGAACUUCUUAACAGGAUUAGUGAGAUUGUGAUAUUUGAGUCACUUUCCUAUGAACAAAUGAAAGAAGUUGCAAAAAUUCAGAUUAAGAACGUUGUAGCUAGAGUAGCCAAUAAGGGCAUUUCUCUGUCUACAAGCGAUGCCUUGUUGGACGUCAUAAUGUCAGAAUCACACAAUCCGAUGUAUGGUGCAAGACCCAUCAGAAGGUGGGUACAAAAAAAUGUGAUGACAAUGCUCUCUGAGAUGCUAGUCAAAGGUGAGGCUGGUGAAGGUUCAACAAUCUUCAUCGAUGCAACGGAUGAUAAGAAAGGGCUGAAAUGUGAAGUGGUGAAGAUGCCGGUCCUAGACUUUUCUAGUGCGUGAGACCCUAGGCAGAUCUAGGGGUGCCAUGAAACCCCUUAGAAAAAUGCAAGAUAGUUUAU